AUGCCCACGAAGCGACAUGCCGAAGUCUUUCGCCCGCCCGAUGUCACCGCCGUUCUUCGUGAAGCGACCUACUCGUCACUCGUCCCCAUCAGGCGCUCCUUUUAUGCCAUGUCACCACCUUCAGCUUUCAUCCUGAUAGCUCCUCGCGCUGUCAAUGCGAAGAAACCUGCAGCUGCUCAUCUAGCCUCCUGCCCGAGCUCGCCCCCACCGUCGACCGCGCCUCGCCGUCAGGGCGAGCCUCUCGCACUCUCCAGCACAUUUGGGUAUCUGGAUGACGUCGUGCUAAGACAUCAAGACCCGUGCCGCGACGUGCAUAGCGAGAGCGUCGAUAUCAACGCCUUCGACUCUGACAUUCCCAUGACCAAUGCUAAUGGCACAGCGCCCGACACCGACACUGCCACUGAGUCAGUCGAUGAGUCCUCCACCGCCAUGGUUGACACCACUCAGGUCGAACCUACGCUCUCCACCGCUGCGGUACCGCCUAGCCGCGCUGAGCAACUCGAGGCGUUCAUCACAUCCUUCCUAUCUUCUCGCCCCGACUUCAGCGUACCCACUCUUCUCACCGAGCUCGAGAACGAUAGAAUGUCCGUCGAGGAUCUCGCUGACGAGCACGGCGUCGCGGACCUCGCAAGCAUCUUCAGCGUGCCCGGAGUGUCGGUAGUUGUCGUGCUUUGCUCAAUGUCUUUUCGUCCCUUGGACUCGAUAAGCGAUGACACUGUCUGUCGCGAGGUAUUAUUUUUCUCUGUGGGCUCGACAGACGAGGCCGCGUUGGCGUAG